CUCGUGCAUUAUCUAUAGCCCGUAUCUCCAGGUCAUGGGUGAUUAAAGAAUCCAUUAUGAUAGUUCUUCGCAAAAAGCGCGGUCUAGCCAGUCUCAGAGAUGCGUUCCAGAAGUCUGAAGUUCAAGUGAAAAUCAAGUCGCUGCUUCGAACGGGUCAAGUGGCUAUCGCUGCAGUCCUCGAUCUUUGAAGCAUCAGAGAAGAGAGAUAGGGCGAGGAGGAGAGAAGAAAGCGAGGACAUCCUGGCCGCGGGGUCCUCGCCCUCGACGUCUCUGUGCUCGUGUAUGUAAGCUGGUACGUGGGCCAGCCAGCUCCCGUCAUCGCUGCUCUCCGGGCCUGUGUACAGUCGACAAUUACACGGGUUACGUCAUCCCCCGGGUAGUCGCCUCCCGGACUCUCGGUACCCGCGUCUCUCACCUCUCGUCCGCAGCGCGCGACCGACACGCGAAACCCGGUUCUUCGACGCUCGGCGGCGUUUCUUUUCACGCGAUACAAUCACCCUGUGGAUGUAUCGCUCCGUUUUUUCGCACGUUCUUUGAUCCGAUGAAAGCUUUUACUGAAACGGAAGAAUUCAACGCCGGAGGCAGGUGCGAUAUCCGCAAUGCAAUGGAAGCUGGGAGGAAAAGAGCCGAAAAACUCGACGUGCCUUUUGGUCGAUACUUUGACCACACUAAACGCUUGUUGAAAUUAUUCCGAAUGUGGGAAUUGGACGCCAACUCGUCGAAGUGGCAAAGCAUGUUGAUAGUUUCAAGCACGGCGGUGUUCCUGACGUGCAACUUCAUGCUCGGAUUUUCAGAGUUGAUGAAACUUCGGAUAGCUCCGGAUCUUGCGACUGCUGUAUCCUGUGCCAGUGCCUUGUGGCUUCACUUGAUCGGAUUUGUCAAGUGGAUCUACUUGGCAUGGAGAGUUCGGGAUGUCAUGCAGCUCGUUGGACUACUCGAGGAUUGCUAUCAUCUCAGCCUGGGAAAUAACGAAACGGACGAAGACUAUUCGCAACUUCGGAAGAAAAUGAAUGCCGCGCGGAAGAUUUCCGUGCGAUUCAGUUACGUCUGGGUCAUCGGCGUCACCUACGGGGUCAUUCACUGGUGCCUAAACCCGUUGUUCUUCAAGUGGAAACUGAGCAGAGUAGACGUCAGUUUGGCGAUGAGAGACAGAACUCUGCCGUACGAGAGCUGGAGUCCGUGGGAUCUGAAUCGGGUCGAAGUCUACGGAUACGUUUACCUGAUUGAAGUUUUGGGCGGUCUUGCUUCCAGCAUCGGAAGUGUCGCGUAUGAUAUAAUGUUCCUGACGUUGGUGAUAAUGAUAUGCGCCCAAUUGGGCUACCUAAAUUAUUCAUUGGUACACAAGCCGCAUAGCUAUCCAACCAUGACAUCUUCGGAGAAAAAGAAGCUGACGUGUGUCUUGCUUCGGAAUAAACUAGUCCGUAGCAAGAAUCAUCACGAUGCUAUUUUGGCAUUUUUGGCUGGCUUGCAAAAAGUCACCAGCCCAGUGAUGUUCGUUCAGUGUAUCGGAACCAUCGGCAUACUUUGUUUGGUCUCCUUCGAAGUAAUGACUAUGAAGCUGAAGGGGGACGUUGCAAGCGUGACAAAAAUUUGGAGUAUGGUGGAAUAUAUCAGCUCUUGCUUUGCUCAGCUAUUCUUUUUUUGUUACUACGCCGAUCAUAUGACGACAUUGGGACUGAAAGUCAGUGAUUCGACUUACAGCUCUGGUUGGGAAUCUGUGACUGACGAUGAAAAAAACUCUGCAUCUGACAGAAAAUCUAUCGGAUUUAUAGUGCGUGAAAUAAUGGUCAGAGCUCAACGGCACGUUCAAUUAACCGGUGGGCCUUUCUACGUUCUUUCGUUACGAACUUAUCGUGCAGUGGUCGGAGCUGCCUUUUCAUAUUCAGCAGUGCUCCGAGAAGUCGGCGCGGAAUAGAAAAAAGACGAAAAAAAAUUCGGAUCAUAAUCUAAGUUCGGAAAGUCUACUAGCGUAUAGGUCAUUAUAAACCCAAAGUAAACACGGCGUAAUAGACGUAGCGCCAGAUAUCAGAGUGUGAAUUAAGAAUGGCUACGCCGUACAUGUCGCUACUAUUGCAACAGAGCCAGUGAAAAUCGCCAGGGUGGGUCGAGCGUAGCGGCAAUAAGUGGAAGUCGAGAGUGGCUGGUCGGCCCGAAGCCAGCCCAACGGCAGCAGUGAUCGCAUGAGGAAAAGAUAGAGGUACAAGCGCAAGCGCUCGUUCGUUUCAUAGCUUACGGAACGGCUUCUCGCGUGUACUGGUAUCCUGGUAAAAAGGCGACGCGCCGCAGAUGACUCGCGCACCCGGUGCGCACUUGGCGUGCGUGAUCACCUAUUUCGACGCACCCGGAUCUGCUCUGGCUUUGCCACGGCAUCGGCGCCUCGCGCAUCGACGCGACGGGGAACGAUCCAACCUCUAAUAUAACCGGGUAUGGUACUCGUCGUAGCGUUUGUCGAAGAAAGGGAAGUUUCAGGUGUGUAGCAUGGCAUUUUACAUAUCUGCCUUCCUUCGGCUAGGCUUCGAGAGUGAUGUAAAACAUGUACCAAGUAUGAAUGUCAAAUAGUUACUGUAUAUUUAUGAUCAUGAAAACGCACGUUUGUUGAUUAUUAUCUGAAGCAUUUUGUCCUUGGUAAAAAUUAUUUUCAGUUCAUUGAAAAGAAAUUAGCGACAUAGAUUAAUGUAAGAGUGUAAUUUGGUAAGUGUAUUGGUUGAAACUUCUCAAAGCUUAAAAGAGUCCAGCAUGCCUACUGACCGACUGUUGACAAAGCCUUGAAAUAUACGACUCACAAAAUCA